AAUUCGCAGGAGCGGCAGGCCUACUCGACACUGAAAGAACUUUUUCCGCUGCCGCUUCGAUGGUCCGAACAAAAAGGACCGAGGCCAUAGUCUACCCGGGGACCCCUCGGCAUAAAAGGCUCCAACCCUCGUUCUCUCUCCCUUCGGAUAGCGUGUACAGGAUCUACUAUCCUGAACCCAAAUCCGACCUGGUUCCGCAGCUUCCAAUAUAGCAUAUCUCAACCUUAGGGCCUCGUGUACCAUUGUUCAUACACUAUUGCACGGUGAUCAUUUCCAUUAACCCACCCACGUGUUGUUCAUACGGUACAUGUAUUGUCCGAAAUACAGAUACCAACAAAGCAUUGGUCCAUUAAUUACAAAUUUUUUGCGUGAUUACUGUGUCAUAUUAAAUAUAUUUGUAUAAUUAUCUGGUAUCAAUUUUGUUCAGAAUUUGUAACGCUACUCUUUCUAAAAUAACACAUUUUUUUACGGUAAAAUGACCUUGCCGUUGAAAUAUUACUUUUGUACUGCAUUCUCACGAACGGAAGCUUAAAUGAGAAUCCCUGGAUUUUAUUGUUGGCUCUUCGGAACGUACCACACGAUGCACCCUUACGUCCGACCCUCGUCAAGGCAGCACAGCAUCGUGACCCAAGCAUGACGAUCAUCCGUAUUUCCUACCUGGGCCCAGGUAUCUUCGACCACGUCCAUGCCCAUGCCCCACAAAGUUGUGCAAUGAUGGGUCUGCAGGCGACGGCAGGAAAACGCAAAUUGGAGGGUGGUGUCGGCUGUAUGGAAUUCCACAUGGAUUUAGGCGAGAGUCCGUCAAAGCUUGGACGCGUUGACGGUAGCUGGUGGGCGAUGGACGACAGUUACGGGCCAUCCCUGAAUCAGACGUCAACGUCGUAUUAUGAGAUGGAAGUAAGUUCGCCCUGCCUACAGGCGACGAACCCGUGCCAGCCCUCGACGAAUUCAUCGCAGUCUCAGCAGCAACAGCAAUCUCAGCAACACCCAUCGCAGCAUCAUCCAUCUUCCCAAUCGCCACAACAGGCACAGCAGCAGCAGCAGCAGCAACAACAGCAGCAGCAAUCACAACAGCAGCAGCAGCAGCAGCAGCAGCAGCAACAACAACAACAACAACAACAACAAUCGCCGGCAUCACCUUCGACGUCGGCCUCAUCCCCGGUGACCCAGUUGCAGCAUCAUACGCAACAUUAUUAUCACCAUCAACGCACCGCUAUCAGUCCUAUCGGCAGCAACAGUUACAGCCAAUUAUCGAGAUCUCAGCCACAAUGGGGCGCCCUUCAUCAUUACGAGCCACCAACGAUACGUCGCGAGGAAAACGGCAAGAGCUACCUAGAGCUUGGCUCAAGUUACCGAGCGAACGAGCGGUGUUGCGAAGGUUCCAAGUCCAGCUGGUGUCGGCGCGGUCGAGCCUGCUAUCGGCAACGACGACUCGCCGUGCUCAACAUCUCUAUGUGCAAACUUGCCAGGUAUCGUCAAUUCCCGGAUCCAAGCCUCCACCGAUCGGUACUGAUCUGCAACACUUUAAGACACUUAGAACGUGAGAUGGAGAGGGACAGGAGUCCACCACCUAUGGAACCGGUCGUACCGGCGCCGAUCGCUCAACUGCAACCGCCCGAGCAGGGCAGGUUAACGCCUUUCCCUGUGUCACCGACGUCGUCGGGAGAAACCGAUGUCGAUUCCGGCAUCGGUGACAGUGACGAUAGCCGAUCGAUCAAUUGGGGGAGCGUACUAUCUCUAUCGAGCCAGUCGCCGCUCGACCCGCUCAACAACAACGAAUUACUGGAUGUGGACAUUGGGCCUGAUCUCGACCUAGACUUUAUGCCCGGGUGGAAGCUGACGCCUCUUUCGGCAGACGACAUCCUAAGAAGUACAACGACGACCCAGGAACAGCAUCAUCAUCACCACCAUCAUCAUCACCACCACCACCAUCAUCAUCAUCAACAUCAUCACCAGCAGCAACAACAGCAGCAGCAGCAGCAACAACAACUCCUGAUGUCAUCGGGGAGCACUUGCGGUAGCAGCUGCGGCAAUAGUAACAUUAUCGGAAACGCCGGCGUCAGCAACAUUGGUAGCAAUAGUAGUACGCACGAGUCGUUGAUGUGCGUAGGAUCAUAGCCUCCAACUUUGACGUCGUUGAGUCAUCUCAUCGAUUUCUAUCCGCUGACCCCGCAGGGCAAAUAAAUCCGCGGCGGUAGCCGAUGCAGCCCGUGAUGAGUUCUGCGAAGGCACGCGGGCGAGAGACGGCGGUAAAUACGGAUCUCUCGCCUACCUUCCGGAGCGCUCGAUAUUCGGCCGGCGACUCUCGAGGAGCCUUUACCUUUCUAUUUCGCGUUAAUUUAUUGUCGCGUCAAAUACACAUGUAAACCUUGAUACAUAUAGAGACGUAUACACCGAUAUCGACACAACCGUCUGUGACACUUUUGUUCUUCCUCCGCUCUUUUUACCACAUCGCUAUUACCAUCGUAAUCACUACCAUUACUGACCCUAUCGUUACCAUUACUUCUCGUACUAUCCCUCCCGCGACUAUUUGCCCCACUAUCGUUAUCGUUACUUCUACUACUGUCGCUAGUAAUACUAUAUUACUACUUUUGCUAGUAUACUAUUACUACUACUAUUCUACUACUAUUCUACUACUACUACUACUACUCCUACUACUACUACUACUAUUAUUAUUAUUAUUACUAUCACUAAUCAACGUGUCUCCCAACGUAUCUGCUCCCCGAGGGACGGACGCGUCAUGACACGCGGCAUCCGCAGGUGCAGACGAAAUAGAGCGCUCUGAAGGUUUAACGAACGUUAGUUAAGAACGAGUUAAGAAGAGAGGACGGGUUGAGACAAGGAAAAGAAAGCCUUUAGCGUUUGCGUGUCGACAGGUACUCGCGAUGAUCUGGUGUCCUGAGAAAUAUUCAAACGGCAAAUUUUGUAUCGAGCUACCGCGUAUAAGAUCACGGAGACGCGUGUAUCAUCUUCCCCGUGGAAUUUCGAGAUGCAGGUGCAAGCACAAUUUACUCGUAUCUCGGGAUAAUUUGUCCCAAGAUUUGAGAGAGGACUAUUGAUAAUAAUCACUAACCUUUCAAUAGCGCGUAACAACGAUCCGAUAUAUGGAAUCUUAUAGAAAGAUCGACGGCAUCGAGGCAGUAUUUCUGCAGUUGCACCUACGAGCUCGAGGAUCCACGUGUGGAUUUUCGGAAAGGUGAUUAACAUGUACAAGAGAAUGCGCAUAGAGAUUCGAGAAGACGGACAGGGGACAGAGACAAAAUGAUAUCGGUUACGUCGAGUACGAGGAAGCUUCCUCUUCGAGGCUGGAAAAACCUACGAGAACGUUGCGAUCCAAGUCUUCCGGCCUGAGGAGCUUCUGCUCCUUCGCCGUUCUUGUUCAUAAGUCGCAGCCUCCGUUCAUAAUGUCCCCGAGAGAUUUUUUUUCGUGGAACGAUAUGCGAUGUCGGGGUCCGCGUCUCUGGGAGGAACAAUCGAUGAUAAUUACCGACGAUACUCACGUAUAUAUAUGUAUACGGACACACAUCCACGCGAAUUCAACAUAUUCAUACACACAAACGCGCGCUCGUACGCAUAUACAGACAGACUGUGUGUGGGUAUGUGUACGAUGCCGUGGCCUAUAUUACACGAAGAGACGUAGCACGCAAGUCGUACGGUGCUACAGGGCGACUGCAUCUUGGGUUUCUAUUCUCUGGACACACGAACACGUAACAGACACGGGCAUACAUUAAGCCGAAGACGUUUCAAAUUCUCACGGAUCGCUAGAAGCGUUCGUCGCUCGGGGUCCUUAUGACGCGUGUCCUGUCGUCGUAAGCGUGAUACGAUGUAAGUCGGAGAUGUCGGCGUCUCAAUCUCAAAGUACUUUCGGCACCACCAGUCGCGCGGUCCAACAUAGAUUCUGCUUGUUCGGGUAUUUCAUCUCGCGUGCCGCGGACAUUGAUUAAAAAACCUGAGUUUGUUAAAAAGUCAAUCAGAUCCUAUAUCUACAUGUAUAAUGCUCUUAAAAUGAAAAUAUUUGACUGUACAUUAUUUUGUCUAUCACUGAUACAUUGAGUGAUGUGCUAUCAGAGAACCCGAGAGCUAAAACGUCUAUACUCUAUCGCAUUAAAUAGAGUCGUAAUUUAUGAAGAUUUAUGAAGCAAAUUAUUGAACAGGUUGAAUCGGGUUGGUGCAAUUGGUCUCGAUUUACGCGUUGCGAGAAAGUGGAAAAACAAUGAAUGAGAGAGAGAGAGAGAGAGAGAGAGAGAGAGAGAGAGAGAGAGAGGUUGGAACAUUGCGUUAGAAUUACGAGACAUGUUUGAGCUAGGUAUUAGAAUACGCGUUUAAUCCAAUGACUGCAUUUGUUUGAGAACGUUGCACUCAGAACAAAGUGAGUUAUUCUUAUACAGUUAUCUCAUUAUACGAGUUAUCUCAUAAUGAUCUUUGUCUACCUUGAUUUUUUACAUUUUAGGAUAUAAACACACACACACACACACACACACACACAUGAAGUGUAGACGCAGAUAUAUAUUUAUUAUUUUUUAUUUUAAUUUUAAAGCGCCACGAUUUUUUUAACGCGCACACUCACUGAUUCAUAAUAGCACUCUGUAAUUAAUUAUUUUUUCAGCGAGUAACAAUGUUUAUCUAGAAUUCUUUUUACCACCGCGACUUAGCGGAGAAGUGUAUGCCAUGAUUGUCUCAAUCACAAAGUCUAAUCGCAAGUUGAAAUGUAAAAAUUAAGCAUGCAGAGUAGUCCAUUAGGUUUUCAAAGUCUAUUAAGUUUCAUCGCAACGCAUUAACCCUAAAAUGCAUGACGUGGACUGGUAUAACACGAACUCCGCAUUAAUUAUUUUAUCAGAAUGUCCAUCAAGCUUUCCACAAAUAAACAAUUACAAAAAUAUUAAAACAUCUUACCAAGACAAAGAAAAAGAUUUGGGCAACUUAUUAUACACUAAAAUUGUCGUGAAUAGAAGAAAGAAAUGAGAUAUAAAAUAAGAAAAUACUAAAAAACAACCGUUUAAUGAAAAUCGCAUUGAAUUAUAACGAGAUAGAAAUUUUUCAAAGAUCUUGGAACUAUUUGUUCCUUCAAUGUCGAAAAGAGAAUUAUAAAAGUUGUAAAGGAAAAUAUAACUGCAAGUGGAGUACAACAAGCCACGUCGUGCAUUACAUACGUUUGUGUGUGUGUGUGUGUGUGUGUGUGUGUGUGUGUGUCUGUGUGUAAGAGAUAAAUAACGCGUACCAACGAGAUUAACGCGAGACGCUGGCGCCUUCGUGUGAAUAUCUUGUAUCUCGAUAUACGACGUCGACAAAUGUACCUGCAUUUUAGAGAUCGGAAUAACGUUCUCCCCUUCGGAUCGUCGCAUGGUGGCCACUGCGCGCCACUGAUCUCCCGUAAAUGUAUCAAAUUAAAGAGUGGCCGACGUGCGCGCGCGUGAAGAAGGCGAAACACUCGGAGUUAUAGUCGAUUGAAAAGCCCGCUCGACCCCGGACGCAUCUUCUCGCGUGAAUCUGUGCGCGAUCUCGCCCUCAACGUCCACGAAUCCAUUAAAGAGCAGCUAUACUUAAAAGCUAAAUGAUUUAAGAAAGUCUAAUGUUACAAAAGAGAGUAAUAAUAAUAACUUAUCGACUCGACUGAUUACUUAAACGCGAGGGUGAAUGUGAGUAAAUGGGAGUGCGCGUGCGAAAAACAAGGGAGAGCAAGCAGCGUACAUAUGUGUGUAAAAAGGGAUAUGACGUAGAAUUAUUGGGAUAUAAAGUUGAUUUAAAUUGUAAUUAUAUAUAAUGAUGUUCUCUCUUUAUGAUACGUGACACACACACACACACACACACACACACACACACACACACACACACGCGCGCGCGCGCGCGCGCGCGCGAUACGUACACACGGAGUCAUACGCGAAAUAUGCUAGGUACUUGUUGUACAUAUAUAUACGUAUAAAAUAUGCGUUACUUACUAAGUCUAAGCUCUUAAGCAUAAACGCGAAUCGUCGCGAAAGAAGAGACCUUUCACACCUUCGUCCCACCCUGCGAGUCGCGUCAACUAUCUUCGGUUCUUCAAAGAUCCUUCCUCGAGUUCCAUUUUCUACUUUGUACUACAACACACAUACGAUCGACACACCUCUCGCACGCGCAUCUCCCUUCUUCUCUCUGCAAACCUUCUCCGUCCCAUUUCACCAAACCGCUCUUCUCUGACGACAAUGCUCCCUCUUCCUCCCUUUCACCGCGUGAUUUCUCCGCGGAAACGACGAGCAAUAUUACUUUUAAUAAGCUGCGGAGAAUUUAAAGAAAGAGCGUACGUACAAAUCCGUGCGUCUGAUCGCGCGUGAGUGUCACACACGAGUCCUUUGCAUAUGCGUUGGGCGUUGAACAUUAGUAACGGCGAGUGAACGCGGAUGAAUCGUAAGCCGAGCAGAUGCAAAGGCUCGCAUCUCUCAGGGAAAGAACAGUGUGAUUAGGCGGAAAAGUAGCUUCUUUCCGAUAGAGAGAGAGGGGGGGAGGGAGAGAGAGGGGGAGAGUUCGUAUGUAGAUUUCUAAAAUAUCCUAGCUGUAAUUGGUAACUAUUUUUCCUCCGUUAGCGUUUCACUGAACUUGUAUUCGCCGGAAUAUGACUCUGACAACAAAACGCAAAUCUAAAUCUCUGUAAUAUUCAGGCCGAAAUUAAGAGAAUACUCAAUUUUUGAGACAGCGGAAGCGAAUUGAUAGACGAGUUUUUUGUUUCUAAUCCGAUUUACCCUUCGGUUAUUGUACGCUGAAGGAAGGAUUCGAUGUGCGUUUGACUGCUCCGCAAGAAAAUGGAUUGACACCCUUUUCUAGAAAAUCUUUUUUUCUCACAUGCCAUUAUAACUAAUCACAAUUAUGAUUCACUGUAAUUUCAAGUACGAUUGAUAUUCUGUCGCUAUAUGUUACUGUAUAUCGCCGAUCUUUCAUAAAACGUAAAUAAUGCUUUAAUACUUGAGCAACAUUUUGCUCAUUAUGUUUUUCGGUGGAGCAGCCGCGUUGUUCUUCCACGAUGUUGUUAAUCCGCGAGCGAAGCUACCGGAUGCGGAGAAUCGUACAGCGUACUCGCGCCUCGCGCCUGUCUCAAAUCGCAUACGUUUUCACAAAUUGAACCCUUCCUUCUCUGCUUCGAGAAAGGUCGAGUGAAGUAAUUUGAUAUUAAUAUAUCUCAAUCGAGGAAAGGCGCAAAAGUUUGUAGAGUAUUUCUAAAAAAUUAAGCAUUCGCCGCAUGACGCCUUCCGCGCCAGCAGCGUUUCGCAAUCGUAGAAUCGCACGUAACAGUUGGAUAACGAUCGGAUGAUGAAGAUUGAAGAGAAUCUAAAUAUAAAAGAAAAAAAGAAUAAUAUUCUUAUCGGUACUACACGCGAUUUCUGAGUCAGUUUACAAAAUUAUCUGUAAUAACAAGUAUCCCUCCUUAGGGAAAAUAUUGAAAUUUGCUUUUGCCUGCGAAUUUUCUCUCAAUGUCAGAAACGUUCGAGAGGCGCACGAGAUCUUUGAGACGUUUUUCAAAUGAACGUUAUCGGGCGUCCUGGCGAAAUGGUCCAACGCCUUAACUCCCAUGCAUAAGCGAAAGCGCGAGAACGUGCGAGCGUUGCCGGCAUCGGCAGGACGUCAAGUUUUGUUCUUUUUUUUCGCGCGAUCACACGCUGACGCGUAGCUCACGAUCGGGCACGCGUAUUUCGUCAAGUGCCUAAAAACCGCCGAAGGGAGAAAGUUACGACUGUUAAGCGCGACAGCAAGGCCGGACAACGCGGAGUUCUCGGCACGCUGACGUGCAUACAAGUGGCAGCAGGGUGUGCGACACGAUACUCUGACGAUUAUCGCGUUUCUUCCCGUUCUUCCCUUUCUCUUUUCUCUUUUUUCCUUUUUCUAUCUUUUCUUUUUUUUUAACGAGAUACCGAAUAAAGGCGUUUGUAAAUAGUAUAAAUAGCACGAGCGCGAAGAUAUGUUUAAGCGAAAUGAAAAAGAGGAUAUAAUAAGUUUAAUAUUGAGAAAAAAUAUAUAUAUAUAAAUAAGAUAUAUAUUAUAUAUUAAAGAAAAGUGUAUGUAUGCGUAUACGUGUACAUGUGCGUGUGCGUGUAUAUGUGUAUAAGAUUAUUAUUAUUAUUAUUAUUACUAUUAUUAUCAUUAUUAUAUGCAUAUAUAUGUAUAUAUUUAACUUGGUAAAUAAUAUGAGGCGACGACGAGCACGUGAUUGAUUCUUCCUCAUCGUCGUGGCGACAUUCGGACGAAAUUCGUUUUUAUUCGCGUUUAUGGCGGCUCGCGACCAUUCAGUAAUACUCGUCGAAAUUCAUUCUUUUUCUCGUGUUUACUGAGCAGUCCUUUCGAAUCAAUUUUAUAAUCAAAGAUCGUUGCGUUUUUUAUCGAUUGUGCAUAACUUGAUAAAAACGUCAUAUUUUUUUCUUAGCGUAAACGCGAUUUAUUUUAAACUCGUAAUUUGUUUCAACAUCACGCUUAUAUUACAGCGUAAAUUAAUUAUGAUGAUCGAGAACCAUUUAUCUUUGUAUUACAUCAAGAGCUUGAGCCGUCAUCGCGCGAACCGAUUUCUCCCCUCGACUCGGUUCCUUCGUCCCGAGAAGGUUGUAAACGCGGAGCAAAAGUUUCAGGCGAGAAAGGGACAAUGACGAGCAGCCGUCGAUUGGGAAGUGAUCGGGCGCGCGUAAUUCGGCGCCGUCGUAAGAAAUUAGAGCAGGAAGGGUGCACAGCGUUAUGUGUACAUUGUAAAUAGUAGAGCGAUGGUUACAGAGAGAGAGAGAGAGAAGAGGGGGAGGGAGACAUACAGAGAUAAUUAAUUUAAAGAAGAGACGAGAGAGUAAUAUAGGAUAUAAAUGAGAAAGAGAAAAGGGACGGUCGCGAGUCGAGGCGGUGUCGUCGGCCGCGUCGAGCAAACACACGGCACUUUCGGAUCAUCCUGAUCAUAAUAAGCGCUAUCUGGAAGUGCGUUAGCGACGGGACGACAAGAGUUCGGAAGCGUUCCUUCUGCCCCAACAGCACCUUUAGUGUUUCGCUUUCGCUUCCGUUUGCGAGCGAGUACGAGUCUGUGCUGCGAUUGACCGAGCGAUCGAGUGGAGACAUGGCUGAAAAUUAUUUCGCCUUUUUCCGCGAACAAACUCUUUACAAGUCAUUCGCCUUGAUUCGACCCUAAUGCCGUGCGCUCACAACGCGCGUGCCGGAUAUGCGCGUUUUAACAGAGUCGGAGAUUUAUAUUCCGAGAGAUGCGUAACUGUAUCGUCGUCGACCACGCGCCGAUCACUCGAUCAUAAUGUAGGGCGUGGCAUUGUGAGGCCGUUACGUCUGAAAAGAAAAAAAAAGAGAAAAAAACAUUGUAAAUUACAACGAGCGUAUGACAAACUUUGAGAAAAGACCACCGGUCAUCGGUCGUCGUCAGCAGGAUGAAAACUCACGCGACUCGAUCGGGCCCACGUUUUUACUUGCGCACAAAAGCACGUGUGCUCCUCGAUCAUUUAGGAAUUGAGAAAAAAAAUUAUAUAUAUAUAAUCGGUCAACGAAUGUUACACGGGAGAGAAAUCGCAAUUACUCUAGUCCUAUAUGCGGUCGACGAAUAAUACGGCACACGUGUGUUCGCGAGUGAUCGGGCGUGUCGCCAUUUUCUUCGUUUCUCUUUGUUUCAAAAUCGUGGAGUUGUAUCACGUACUGUUCUACCAAAAUAUAUUAGCAACAGCAACAGCAGAACUGACAGUAAAACAAGGAGUUGAUUAAUUGGAUAUGGCAAAGUUGAGUAAAAAGAAACUGCAACGCACGAUAUGAAAAACAACUAUCAAAAACAAUAAAGAGUAUUAUUCUAUAUAAUAA